GUAACUUCCGGGUAAGGGAAAAAAGUUGGGCUGAAGGAGGGGCCACGAAGAGGGAGGAGGAGGAAGCGGCAAAGGCCGGGCGGCGGCGGCUGUUGUAGGUUGUUCGACGGCAGCAGCUCUUCCUGGGGCGGACCAUGGACAGCCAGGGCAGAAAGGUGGUGGUGUGCGACAACGGCACCGGGUUUGUGAAGUGUGGAUAUGCAGGCUCUAACUUUCCAGAGCACAUCUUCCCUGCUUUGGUUGGCAGACCUAUUAUCAGAUCAACCACCAAAGUGGGAAACAUUGAAAUCAAGGAUCUUAUGGUUGGUGAUGAGGCCAGUGAAUUACGCUCAAUGUUAGAGGUUAACUACCCCAUGGAAAAUGGCAUAGUACGAAAUUGGGAUGACAUGAAACACCUGUGGGACUAUACAUUUGGACCAGAAAAACUCAACAUAGAUACCAGAAAUUGUAAAAUCUUACUUACUGAACCUCCUAUGAACCCAACCAAAAAUAGAGAGAAGAUUGUAGAGGUAAUGUUUGAAACAUACCAGUUUUCUGGCGUGUAUGUAGCCAUCCAGGCAGUUCUGACUUUAUAUGCUCAAGGUUUAUUGACCGGUGUAGUGGUGGACUCUGGAGAUGGCGUAACUCACAUUUGCCCGGUGUAUGAAGGCUUUUCUCUCCCUCAUCUCACCAGGAGACUGGAUAUCGCCGGCAGGGAUAUCACCAGAUAUCUCAUCAAGCUGCUUUUGUUGCGAGGAUACGCCUUCAACCAUUCUGCUGAUUUUGAAACAGUUCGAAUGAUUAAAGAGAAGCUGUGUUAUGUGGGAUACAAUAUUGAACAAGAGCAGAAACUGGCCUUAGAAACCACAGUAUUAGUUGAAUCUUACACACUCCCAGAUGGACGAAUUAUUAAAGUUGGGGGAGAGAGAUUUGAAGCACCAGAAGCUUUAUUUCAGCCUCACUUGAUCAAUGUUGAGGGAGUCGGUGUUGCUGAAUUGCUUUUUAACACAAUCCAGGCAGCUGAUAUUGAUACUAGAUCUGAAUUCUAUAAGCACAUUGUGCUUUCUGGAGGAUCUACUAUGUAUCCUGGCCUGCCAUCACGGUUGGAACGAGAACUUAAACAGCUUUACUUAGAACGAGUUUUAAAGGGAGAUGUGGAAAAACUUUCUAAAUUUAAGAUCCGCAUUGAAGACCCACCCCGCAGAAAGCACAUGGUUUUCCUGGGUGGCGCAGUUCUGGCAGAUAUCAUGAAAGACAAAGACAACUUUUGGAUGACCCGACAAGAGUAUCAGGAAAAAGGUGUCCGUGUGCUGGAGAAGCUUGGUGUGACUGUUCGAUAAACUACAAGACUCGAUCCCUUCACACCACUAAUGCUUUCUUUUUUCCUUUAUUGGCAAUCUUUGAACUCGUUUCAACUCCAGAACAUGGAAGAGGCGUCUCUGUACCCUUUGACUGGAAAGGUCAAGUUUUAUUCUGAUGUCUUGGGGAAGCCUUGUUAAAUUUUUGUUACUGUGGGUAAAUCUGGCUGCUUAAUGCAGCCACUUCCCUGCAAACAAAAUCAGGACAAAGGGUCCCGUCUGCUGCUUUGUUUCUUCUAAGUAUGUGUUUAGAUGACUCCUAUCAGCUUUCUAUUUUCACUUUACUGCUCUGAUGUUGCUCUUGUUAGUCUUUAGCACAGUAGGUGGUAUGCCUUUAUUAGCAUAAGAAAAACUUUAACCGGGCUUUUGCAUAUUCCUGGGGUUGGGGUGGUAAGGGUUGGGUGGGCAGCCCUAACCCCUUAGGGCAUUUCCUCUCUAGUGUGGCGCUUGCAACCGUUACUGCUACAGCUUUAAGUACCUUAAAGCUUUUGUUAUCAUCUUAGGGAAAUGUUAAGCUCAGAACUAAAGUGUUUUGAAUGGGUUAUUGUAUGAUGGGGGGAAUGGGUAGUCUCUUGAUUAUGAUUUUUGAGGUUUUUUGCAGGGCAGGGUUGUGCAGAAGAUGAACUUUAUUUACAGUACUUUGAUUUGGCAGAUUUUCUUCUUUUGGUCUGCCCGGAACUGUUUCUAUAUGAUAUGUUUAAUAUUCCAUUACCAUGUGGCUUAGGGAUUUUUUUUUUUUUUAAAUCGACCAUGUUAGGCGGGACUAGACUGUAGAAUCUAUCAAUGGAAAAGUAACAUUUAAAUGUGCUUUAAAAGUAAAUAAAUAUGCUUUUAUUAAUUCAAAUGACAGAUAAAAAGUGCUUAAGAGCUGGUGUUUUCUAAAUGCUUCCGUUUAUUCCAGAACCAUUAAGAUAACCCAGCACUCAGUACCAUUUCUUGCAAAUAAUUAUUUUAUAUAACUGACCAGUGCUUAUUUAAUAAAACAAGCAGUUACAUGUAAAUAAUUUCUGGCAGUCGAUUUUCAUGGUUGGUUUAAAAAUGACAUUGGCAUGUGGGACUUGCUGCCAGUUGAGUAAUUUUCAUUUGUUUUCUGUCUGUUUUGAUUUGAGACCCACAAGCAAAGUAAAAUUUGACUAUUUAAAAUGUUGGCCAAAACCAAGAUUUAAAUGUGUCUUUUUAUGGAAAACUAAUCCUAACUGCUAAUUCUCAGAGGUCUUUUAUGCUUGAAGGAAGAGUGGUUGGGAUUCUUUAAAGGUUAAUAAACUUUCCUGCCUGUGUCAGAAAAUCCUACUUAUGAAUCCUGUCAGUAUUGUUAUCUGAAAAAAUAUCGAAUAGUACUCAGAGAUGAGUUCUUCCUAAAUUUGAGAAAUAGUUAAGAAAUCAAAUCAUGCUAAGUAUAAAGUGCAGAUUAUUUUUCUGCAUUUCAAAAUGUUCUUUAUUGAAAAUGAAUUUGAAAAGGAAAGCUUUAAUUUUUUGGAUGACUGAAAUUAGAAAAAUUGGCUUGACUCUUUUUUUGUAUGAGAAAACUUUAAAAAUUAGUUUAUAUGAAGGUUAGUUUUAAUUAUGCAGCUCUGUUAAUACUAUUUUUGUCUGUUUUACCUCAACUUGAACACAGAAGUUGGUGUGCAUGCUGGACAUGCUUCAGUACACAAGAAUAGUCCAUGAAUAGUCAGUUGGACUUAGGACCUCUCUCUCAGAAUCACUUUGGAAUCCUAAAGAGUUCCUAACUCAUAUACUGUAUUUACAACUACUGCAACUUUUGAGUUCUGGCUUUGUUAAAGAACACAUGCUAUACGUAGGGUCAGUAGCUACUGACUCUAGUUCAGAUAAAUGGAUUGACUCUUGGCCUUUGGUCAUUACUUUAAAAUAUGGGUAGGGCCAGGGAUUUAGCUCAGUGGUUCCAGUGCCUGCCUCACAAGCACAAGUCCUGAGUUCGAUCCCUGGCACCAACAAAUAAAUAAAAAUAAAAUAUGGGUAUAAAAAAUAGAAUGGGAAGAACUCUUAAAACAAUAAAAGAACGUACACUUGUCUUUUGUCCCAUGAAUGUAGAAUUUGUUUUCAUUUCAUAACUCUGCUAGCAAAAUGACAGUGAAAAUGAUAUAUUAAUAUAUGUAAUAAUUUAGAAAUUCCAUUUUAUAAUUUUCCUAUCCUAAAGUAAAAUAAUACAUUUACUACUUUGGCACUUGGGAGGUAUUAUAUUCAAUUGGAGUUGUCAGAUAUGAGUUGUGUGGGGGUUCUAUUUUAAAAGAUCUGAUUUUUAGCUCCUGAAAAUUCAUUGUCACUUAGAUUCCAAUGAUGAUUAAAAUUAUUUUUAAAUUAGAAUCACCAAUGCCUUGAACGGUUUCUUAGUAAACAUAGUACUGCCUGUAAACUUCUACACGGUUUUGAGUGAGCACUGUUAAUAUCUGGAAAGUACUUUGAAAGAUCAACGGAAAGCUAAAUAUUCUAAAUUGAACACAAAUAUACUUCUUACUGAUUCAGAAAAUAAAAUCACAUUUUUUCAAAGUAAA